AUGUCUGACACAGAAGACGCAGUGCAAGAGUACGAAGAGGACCAGGAAGCAGAAGAAGCUGUGGAAGAAGAGGAAGACUGGAGAGAGGAUGAAGACGAGCAGGAGGAGGCAGUGGAAGAAGAGGCUGAUGGGGAUGUUGAGGCUGAGGCUGAGACUGAGGAGACCAAGGCAGAAGAAGAUGAACAAGAAGAGGAGGCUAAAGAGGCUGAAGAUGGCCCCAUGGAGGAGUCUAAACCCAAGCCCAGGCCGUUCAUGCCCAACUUGGUGCCACCUAAGAUCCCUGAUGGAGAGAGGGUAGACUUUGAUGACAUCCACCGGAAGCGCAUGGAGAAGGACCUGAAUGAGCUACAGACACUGAUAGAGGCUCACUUUGAGAACAGGAAGAAGGAGGAGGAGGAGCUCGUGUCACUCAAAGACAGGAUCGAGAAGCGGCGGGCAGAGAGGGCUGAGCAGCAGCGCAUCCGGAAUGAGCGUGAGAAGGAGCGUCAGACCCGUCUGGCUGAAGAGAGGGCCCGGCGAGAGGAGGAGGAGAACAGGAGGAAGGCUGAGGAUGAGGCCCGCAAGAAAAAGGCUUUGUCCAACAUGAUGCAUUUUGGAGGAUACAUCCAGAAGCAGGCACAGACGGAGCGGAAGAGUGGGAAGAGGCAGACAGAGCGGGAAAAGAAGAAGAAGAUAUUGGCAGAGAGGAGGAAGGUGCUGGCCAUCGACCACUUGAAUGAAGAUCAGCUGAGGGAGAAGGCCAAGGAACUGUGGCAGAGCAUCUAUAACCUGGAGGCGGAGAAGUUUGACCUGCAGGAGAAGUUCAAGCAACAGAAAUAUGAAAUCAAUGUUCUCCGAAACAGGAUUAAUGAUAAUCAGAAAGUUUCCAAGACCCGUGGGAAGGCCAAAGUCACUGGACGCUGGAAGUAG